AUGUAUCACUCCGAUACUGUGGAACCUUCCAGCUCAUCCUAUCCGCCGUCUAGUCUACUACCCACUCGGGCAACCGGGAUCUCUCCCUCAUCUCCUGGUGCUAUUCCUCCCUCUCAAACGAUCCCCCAAAACCCCAAUAUGCCAUUUACCCUGGACUCCAGACCGCCUGGCUAUUUGUACCAGCCAUCGGAUAAUCCAUCGCCAUCCUCAACUGCCACAGUUGCUCCCGCAACUACAGUCUACCAUUCUCCAGCUUCCCAUACCUCUGGCCUGCCACUGUAUCCCCUUGGAUCUAUCCAGUCUCGGAGGACAUCUACCACACGUCAGCGCUACUCUUUGGCAGGCAGUACGUCGACUAUGAGUGAAGAGGACGACUUGAUAUUCGAAGAUUUCGCCCGACUUCGCCUGAUGACGUCUGGACCGGCCACGGCCACCUCAGGCCCCACCUCUACAACCGUAAGCAUCAACGGGCCUCUAUUUCACACUAGCACAGGACCUGGUAGCAUUGACGUCAUCCAUUCAACUCCGUUUUCACAGCACAACUCAGCCGAGACGGACAAGAUCACUCGUCUUAUCCUACCCGCAAUUUGA